GAAAUAGCUGCUGCCUUAUGUACCUUAGGGACAAAGUCUGUCUCGGGUACAUGGAAGUACAUACCCCAUAAAGUGGUGAAUAGAUGGGAUAAUAAUAAUAAUAAUGAGAUUUUCACAGUGAUCAUAUUAAUCUUCCACUCGUAGUUGGUAAAUGCUAUAGUCCUCUGCUUGCAACGUGCCAUCUGAUAUCUGUUUUAAUGGAGACCACACAGAAGAAUGCACUUUAUUUUCCUUCAUAGUCAGUUUGUCUCACUAAUAAUGAGCUAUUGUCGAACAGUUGAAGAUGUGCAGAAUGUUAUUCAGCAUGCAAAAUUGUCUGAUGAUGAACUGCAUCCACUGACCCAGGUGUUGAGUUUUGCUCCGAAGAUUGAAGUUCAAGAAAAAUACAAAUUCCUAGAGUUAGACUCAACUCUACUGAAUAAUUUGCAGAAUGGACAAAGUUUGGUAUUUCGUGGCACCAAAGAUGAGAAUGCGGUCUUAUGUACAAAUAAACAAACAUAUGACGUGAAGGAGGCAGAGACAUCUAAUUCAUUACUUCUCUUGCCUGAUCUUAGGUGGCCAGCACAACAAACUGUUGCUGAAACAGGAAGAAUGUUGGAAGAGAAGCAGGUAUUGGGAGUAUUUCAUAAAUAUUAUGAACUUAGAAUCUGUAAACCAAAACUUCGGAAGGUGCACCAGUUGUUGGAGAAAUGUCUGUAUCGAGGUCCUGAGUAUGAAGAUGAUAUUGUGAAAACUGGAGUAAAGUUAUAUACGUUCCAGGAUCUACUGGAUAAUGUGCAGGCUAGUAAGCUAGAACUGAAAGCAGAACUGAAAGAAAAUAUGGCCUUCUGUAUAAAUGGUGCAUGGCGUUUCUUGGAGCAUGAAUACCAUUUUCGCGUACUGUCAUACAUCCUAAACUUUGUGGAUGAGAACUCCUGGCCUAUCAACCAGGUUAACAAAACAGAAACUUUGCAAUCUCUGGCUGCCUUAGUACCAAUGGAUAUACUGGACCAGUGCUUUUCCUGGUAUGCAGAGGAGACAGUGGCAGCCAGCAAAGAAGGUGAGCCAUUGUAUAGAUUGCUAGAGGCAAGAGUAUGUCGUUUCUUAGCUGAAGUUUUGUUGCGUCAGGCAGGGAAGUUUAAUCUGGAAGAGUUUCUUUUAUCAUGGCAGCAAAGUGUGCCUGAAGGGAUGCAAACUUCAGAAAAAUAUCUGGAAGGGAUGGCUUUAAUGGACAAGAAUUCUAAACCAGAAGUUAUAUGGUACUUCUCUGAAGCUGACUUACCUGAAGAUAUUAAUGAAAGAAUUAGAAUUCUCUUCCAAACACGAGAAAAAUGGACUCUGGAUGAAAUUCGACCUUAUGUUCAACGACUGGCCACUGAAAAGGUGAAUGUGAACGCAUUGCUGACAAAAUAUGCGCGGGCUUCUUCUGUUGGUGGUGUGAGAUAUUACAGUGCCAAGCAUGCUAAAUAACUGUGGUGUUCAUUCUUCUGUUACAUAAUGUAGACAGUUCAUUAGUCUUUGAAGAAAAACCAUAUUCCCAGAUGUCACGUAAGAUAUGGAUGACUGAAAGUACACUGUAAUUAUCUCCAGCUUAUGGAGUAAAUCUGAAACGUGUUCCAGCUUUUCAUUUUUUUCCUGGUUGUCAUUCUUUCUUGUUUUAAUUAGAUCAUCUGUUCAUGAAUCCUCAGAUCGUUCCUUUUGGAAAUGUAGCCUUCUGUAGCCCUGAAUUGUCUUUUUGUUAUUGAAGUAGAGAUGCAAACAAUAAGAAAUGUUUACCACUUGCACUCAUGUACAAGUAAUUUUAUAUCAUUAUAAUUCCACUGAAAAUAUUUUAUUGUCGCAUAGUUAUAAACAGUAUUGUCUGAUAUUUUAAGCUGCAUAACCUAGCCUUAAUUCUGACGGUGAACUGAGCCCCUUCUCUUCGUACACUCCCAGUUUUCCAAACUGAAGCUGGCUAUUUCAGUCUCUAGAAAGUAAGACACUUUAAAUUUUAGCUGAGAAAUGCCAAACUUUAUUCUUGUGGUAUAAUAAAAUAAGAAAAUGUUAUACUGUCUUUAUAUAUAAAAAAAUUAAGGGUCGUCUGGUUUGUCCAUUCUGUACGUUGGUUAAAGUGAAACCUACUCUCAUUUCUCAAGUGUCAAUUAUUGAUUACAUGUCGUAGACGAGCAAGAUGGUAGAAAACGACUUGAUGUAAAACAUUGAGAUCUUACUGCUAUGCUUCAUUGGAUGUGGGCUGUGGCAUUACAUUAUGAAAAACCUAAAAUGAUCCUAUUACAAAAAAAAUUUGGUGGACAGAACAGUGGAAAUAGAAUAUUAUUUUUUUGAUAGUAUUUUGCCAUUUCGAGAUUUUUUUAUUAUUAUUCUGUGUUGUCAAUUAUGUACAGGCUUAUGUAUCAUGUCAGUAUGUGUCAGCCUUGAAUAAAUUUUGAAAUGAUGGA